UGAAGGUGUAACCAGAAACGGUUGACCUUGCACAUAACACUUUUGUAAGGCAUGUACGUGUUUACAGAAACAGCUUUGAUAGAUAGGAGAAAGAUUCUAUAAAAGUAUUCUGUGUGGACCUGGUAUUGUAUUUAUAAAACUACUAUGGCGAAAAAAAGUGAAGAUGAGAGCUGCAGUAUUUACUCGAAUCUGGGUCCAAUCGGCAGUGAGAUCAGAGCCAGGAUGCAGCAACUUGUACAAGAAAGGACUGAAGUUAAUAUGUGGACAGCUGUGCUGAUUGGAUCAUUGAUGAUGAUGUCAUUCCUAGGAGUCGUGGUGUUUCUUCUCUACAGACACUAUAAAUUGUCAAAAAAAGAGGUGGGAGUUCCUCAUUAUCGUUUCAGGAAGCGAGACAAGGUGCUGUUUUAUGGCCGAAAAAUCAUGAGAAAGGUUCAGACAUUAUCAUCGCCCCCUCCUACAAAUUCCAACACGGCCUCUCGUCAGAGAACAAAGAAAAGGACCAAAGUUUUGUCUAUUGCUCGCAAGAUUCUCCGUAUUCGUAGGGAGCCUCCCACCCUGCAACACAAAGAGCCCCCUCCCUGUCUGCUGGAAGCUGAUCUGACAGAGUUUGAUGUGCAGAACUCACAUCUGCCUUCUGAGGUGCUCUACAUGUUGAAAAAUGUCAGGGUUCUGGGACACUUUGAGAAGCCUCUCUUCUUGGAGCUGUGUCGUCAUAUGGUGCUAAUACAGCUGCACCAGGGGGAGCCACUGUUCCGCCCCGGGGACACAGAUGACAGCAUUUAUGUAGUCCAAGAUGGCCGCCUGGAGCUCUGCAUCCAUGAAAGUGAUGGAACAGAGGCAGUGGUGAAGGAAGUUUUAACAGGGGACAGUGUUCACAGUCUACUCAGUAUCCUGGACAUCAUCACCGGUUAUCCAGCUCCGUACAAGACAGUGUCUGCUCGAGCUGCAGCUCCCUCCACGGUCCUGCGUCUUCCAGCUGCAGCCUUUCAGUCAGUCUUUGAGAAAUAUCCUGAGACUCUGGUUCGAGUCAUUCAGAUAAUCAUGGUGCGCCUCCAAAGAGUGACCUUUCUUGCCCUACACAACUACCUAGGCCUGACCACAGAACUCUUCAACCCUGAGAGCCAGGCCAUCUCUCUGGUGUCAGUGGCACACGUUCUUGGUGAGACUUCUUCACAUCGCAGUCUUCGCAGACAGCCUUCGCACUCUGAGGAUCAGGGACCUGAAAGUGCAGAAAAGUCCAGCUUCCCUGACACGUCUUCAUUGAAAUACAGAAAAUCUCGUUCCCUCUCCACCCCACUGGUUCUUACAGGUGAAGUGUCAGCUGCCCUUAACAAAAUGUAUGAAUGUAAUGCAGCUGCCAAAGAAGAGUCGGCCCCUCACAGCCCGGUGAAGUCUAUCCUAAAGAAGACUGUCACCAUGCAGCAGAAUCCACCUUCUGUUUAUCAGUACAGUGAUGCUGGAGGAGGAAACGUCCAAUAUAACAAAGUCAGUGCCAUUUUCCACGCUGCUAAAAAGGAUCUGCUGCAGGUCAUUCAGAUACAGGAUCAUAGUCUGCUGGAGGGGAGGGUGAACCUUCGUCAGGUCAAAGCUGGUACUGUGGUGGCUCACCAGGGCGACCAGGAUGUUAAUAUUGAAUUCGUCAUUUCUGGUUCGCUGCACGUUUACCAGCGUAUAAUUGACCGCGAGGAGGAGACACUGCUCUUCGUUACCCACCCAGGUGAGAUGGUGGGUCACCUGGCAGUGCUGACAGGGGAGCCACUUAUCUUCACUGUCCGUGCUCUCAGAGACUGUACCUUUCUCUCCAUCUCCAAGGCUCACUUCUAUGAGAUCAUGCGGGAGGAGCCCAGAGUGGUGUUAAACGUGGCCCACACUGUGGUGAAAAGAGUGUCACCGUUUGUCCGUCAGAUUGACUUUGCUCUGGACUGGAUGGCAGUUGAGGCUGGACGUGCUGUCUACAGACAAGGAGACAAGUCCGACAGCACCUUCAUUGUUCUCAGUGGUCGACUGCGUUCUGUCAUUGCAAAGGAUGAUGGGAAGAAGGAGCUGGCUGGAGAGUACGGUCGCGGUGACUUGAUCGGUGUGGUGGAGGCUGUGACACACAUGAACCGAGCCACCACCGUCCACGCUGUCAGAGAUUCUGAACUGGCCAAGUUACCUGAAGGAGCUCUGAACUCCAUCAAGAGGAGGUAUCCCCAGGUGGUCACCAGGCUCAUCCACCUGCUGGGACAGAAGAUCCUGGGCAACAUGCAACAGAUCAACACACCUCUGGCUGCUCGCAGUCUAGCUCUAAACACUCCCUCUAGCAAGUGGGAUUCUGGGAAUCCAGCCUCCAACCUGUCCACCGUGGCCAUCCUGCCUGUCUCUGAGGAGGUUCCUCUGACCUCCUUCACUCUGGAGCUGCACCAUGCACUCUGUGGCAUUGGUCCCACUCAGCUGCUGACCAGUGACAUCAUCAAGCAGCGUCUGGGCUCUGCUGCUCUGGACAGUGUCCAUGAGUACCGACUGUCCAGUUGGCUUGGACAGCAGGAGGACAUCCACCGAAUCGUUCUCUAUCAGUCAGACUCUAGCCUCACGCCUUGGACGCAGCGCUGCAUUCGCCAGGCCGACUGCAUCAUCAUUGUGGGUCUGGGUGAGCAGGAGCCCACCGUUGGGGAGUUGGAGAAAAUGCUGGAGGGAAGUGCAGUUCGUGCUCAGAAGCAGCUGGUGCUGCUGCACAGAGAGGAUGGUCCUACACCCAAAGGCACUGCUGAGUGGCUCAACAUGAGGAGCUGGAUCUCAAGACACCACCACCUGUCCUGUCCACGCAGAGUUUUCUCCAGGCGAAGUUUACCGAAACUGAGAGAAUUGUACCAGCGAGUGUUUGAAAAAAGUCCAGAUCGUCACUCUGACUUCUCACGCUUGGCCAGGAUCCUAACAGGAAACAGCAUCGCCCUUGUACUUGGUGGAGGAGGAGCCAGGGGCUGCUCUCAGGUUGGCAUCAUACGGGCUCUGAAUGAGGCAGGAAUCCCAAUUGACCUGGUUGGAGGGACAUCCAUCGGCUCUUUUAUAGGAGCUCUGUAUGCAGAAGAGAAGAGCUACAGUCGCAUGAGGGUCCGAGCUCGUGAAUGGGCCAUGGACAUGACGUCAUUCUUCAAGAAAAUCCUGGAUCUGACCUACCCAGUGACCUCCAUGUUCUCUGGGGCUUCCUUCAACUCUAGCAUCAGUUCUGUCUUCAAAGACAAACAGAUAGAGGAUUUGUGGCUUCCGUACUUUAACAUCACGACAGACAUCACUGCCUCCUCCAUGAGAGUCCACACUGAUGGUUCUUUAUGGAGGUACGUCAGAGCCAGUAUGUCUCUGUCGGGAUAUUUACCUCCACUCUGUGACCCUAAAGACGGACAUCUGCUCAUGGAUGGUGGAUACAUCAAUAAUCUGCCUGCUGAUGUUGCUCGCUCCAUGGGAGCCAAAGUCGUGAUUGCAAUCGAUGUUGGAAGCAGAGAUGAAACCAGUCUUACCAACUACGGCGAUUCUCUGAACGGAUGGUGGCUGUUGUGGAAAAGAUUGAAUCCAAUGGCUGAAAAAGUGAAGGUUCUCAACAUGGCAGAGAUCCAGACCCGUUUAGCUUAUGUGUGCUGCGUCCGACAGCUGGAACAAGUCAAAGGCUGCGACUAUUGUGAAUACAUUCGACCCCCGAUCGACCGUUAUGGCACCUUGGAGUUUGGAAAGUUUGACGAGAUCACUGAAGUAGGUUACCAGCACGGGAAGACACUGUUUGAUGUGUGGCAGCGCAGCCGGGUGGUUGACAGUAUGAUGAAGGACAGACACCAGGAAGAGUUCCAUAAGACCAGACAUGGACAUGUGGUCACCUGUCCUAAUGCCUCCUUCACUGACCUGGCAGAGAUUGUGGCCAGAAUAGAACCUGUGAAGAACGCUCUCUUUGGCGAAGAACUCUCUGAUGAGUACCAGACAGACUAUGAUGAGGAGACAGUAGAGAGCGCUCUCUCUGACUUUGAGGCCUUCAUGCCUGGAAGUGAGCAAGCCGAGGGAGAGGAGACGGCCGACACGGCUGAGACUGAUGAAGAAAAAUCAGAGGGUGAUUCUAGAAGAAAGGACAGACAUUCACAUUAAACCAAAAGUCCCGGUUUAACUUUUUAAAAAGUAGCAGAACCGUCCUGUCAAGGUCCUGGCGAGAUAAGGUCCUAAUUGAAAAGCAUUUAUAAGGCAGUACAACAAAUGUCCAGACUGUUUACAUUUCACAAACUGCAAAAUAAUAGGUGAAAUAAAAGAUAUCAGCCA